AUGCGGCUCUACCUGGACAAAGCGACCCUGGUCUGGAACGGGAAUGCUGUGUCAGGGCAGGCUGCUCUCGGGGAAUUCUUUGAGUCGCUUCCCUCUAGCGAGUUCAGUGUCCAGACUCUGGACUGUCAGCCAGUGCACGGUGACAUUCUUUCCCACAAUUAUAAUUUUCUAAACUAUUUACAUUGGCCCCUGUAGCUCAGUUGGUAGAGCAUGGCGCUUGCAACGCCAGGGUUGUGGGUUUGUUUCCCACGGGGGGCCAGUAUGAAAAUGUAUGCACUCAUUAACUGUAAGUCACUCUGGAUAAGAGCAUCUGCUAAAUGACUAAAAAUGUUUUUUUUAAUUGUAACUGAAAAAAAUCGCUAUAAACAAUUAUUGACUCGUAUUACACAUGUAAAAUUAGACAUACAAAUUAAACAUGGGAACAUGUUAUUUUUUUAAAGGAGAUAGAAAUGUAUAGACCCAGAAAAUAUUAACUAAGUCACAAUUAUUAUAUUGUUGACACUAAACAGCAUGUACUACCUUCUAUCUAGGAUAUCCACAUUUAGAAAUGCUUCUUCAGAUGGAUCUACCAUUCGGCUAUUAGACCGUAAUCCAGUUUUUUGAUAAACUUGGAUUCAUUGAGAUGCUGCCUAAAAUGUAUAAUGCUGACAUUUACAUACCAAAAUAUAUAGUAGUCCAACAACUUUAGCCUCGUUCCAUCAUCCUGAUCACACAAUAUAGAAACAGAAUGUGAUCUUGCGUGAUCAGGAUGGCGGAACAAGGCCUACACCACUUUCCCCUCCUUAUAUUCCCAUACAGAACAGGCAACCCAGGGCCAGACCACGCUGCUGGUGGUGACGGCAGGACAGGUGAAGUUUGACGGACAAAAGCAGCGCUACUUCAAUCAGAACUUCCUCCUCACAGCCCAGGCGUCGCCCACCAGUGAUCAGCCUGUCUGGAAGAUCGCCAGUGACUGUUUCCGCUUUCAGGACUGGAGUAGCUGAGGCCUACUUUAAUCUGGUUUUAGGGUCGUGUUCAUUAGGGCACACAAUAGCAAAACAAAUUGCAACGAGCUACGAAAACAAGCAUUUCUUAUUGGACACGUUUCAGUCUGUUUGGUGCCUAAUGAGUACAACCCUGCUUUAAGAUUAGGUCUUUAUUGUAAUGCCAGUUACACUGUGUACCUAAAGACUUUUGUAAUAAAAUAA